UGGAAGCAGUGAUCUGGUAUCUACACACUUCACACAGACCACUCUCCAGAAGACAAGAAGGCCUCAAGAGGGACAAACCCUCUUCAUCUACACGCCGCUCAUCAUCACAACAAGACCAUGAGCACCCUGGAGUACAACCACUCACUGUUCUCCUUAAAUGGCACACCAUGGUUCAUAUACGAGUGCACCCUCGAGCUGGACUCGAACUCCCGGCGCAUCGCCCUCUUCCUGCUCUACCUCUUCGUCUUCAUGGUGGGGCUGGUGGAGAACGCGCUGGUCGUCUGGGUGAACUGGCGCAGACGCCACUCAGCCAACGGGGUCCUCUUCUGCAUCAUCAACGUGACCCUGUCGGACCUGAUGGUGAUCAUGAUCCUGCCCUUCUUCAUGAUGGAGGUGACCAUGGACAAGGUUUGGCUGUGGGGUCGCUUCCUCUGCAAGGUCACCAACCUCAUUUACGUGGUCAACUUCUACAGCAGCUCCUUCUUCCUGGCCUUCAUGACCUUGGAGCGUUACCUGUCCCUGACCAGACCAACGUUUCCGGCCUUCUUCCCCGUGGUGGGCCAGCGUCGCUGGGUGCUCUGCGGAGGCCUGUGGGCUUUCUCCUUGUUCCUGGCUCUGAUGGAGAACAUCCACGUGGAUCUACUUGAGUGGGACGAGCCGGGUUGCUACAUGUUGCCAGAGUACAGCUUCACAGAGUGGUUCGUCAGCGUGGCCUUCCUGUGUCUGAUCUUCCAGUUCCUGGGUCCUGCUGCCGUCAUCAUCACCUGCAACGUGCUGAUCGCCCGUGCGGUUCGGACAGCGCCGGAUGUACAGGGUCGCCGUGACGUAUGGCUGGUGCACGUGUACUCCCUGGUGUUUGUCCUGUGCUGGCUGCCGUACCACCUGGUCAUGUUCCUGAUGAUCGUAGACGAAAUGGACCCCAUGCUCUACAGCUGCAACACAGUAGAGGCCCUCUACUUCUCCUUCAGCGUGGUGCAGAGCCUGUCUCUCUUCCACUGCGUCGCCAAUCCCAUCCUCUACAACUUCCUCAGCAAGAGCUUCCGCAGCAACCUCAUCAACACAGUGGUGAGCUGUAUACCCAAAGAGAACACUUCGAACCAGGUGGGAGCAGGGACCCAGCCCGGGGCUCCAAACGGAGGCGGAGGAGGAGGAGACCCAGGGAAGCAGCGCAAGUUAAGUAGCGGCAGCACCAGCCAGUCUGACGUGGGAUCAUAAGAGAGGGACUGAGGUUUAGCUUGGAGAGCGAGGAAGAUCUGACAGAACUGACUCCAGAUUUGGAGCCUCAGAUUCAGACAUUUAAAUACUUUUUGUAACGAUCACAAUCUCCAGAAAGCAGCAGGUAUCCCGACUCCGUCCAGACAUGAUCUUGCAAAGUGAAUUUUCUGUUGCCAUUCACCUGCUCAUAAAACCAGCAGCUUUUCAAAAUCCUCCAUCUGCAGUCAGAUUAUUAAGAGCUCCAUAGGUUUCACAUUUUAACCGUUUCAUGCAUCACUUAUGAAAACAUGUUUUCAAAUGUCACUUUUUACCUCUAAGGACAUGCAAUCAUUGUUUUUUAUUCAUGUUAAUAAUUCUUAGCAAGUUAUUCAAGUGUGCACUACAGCUUUUAUGCAACAGUUCAUGUCAUUUUAGGUUUUAAGUGCAACAAAGUGAGAGUUUUUAUCUUUUAACAAACACAUUUUCAGUCCGUCACAUGACAAGCAUGAUUGAGGAGAUCAAACUACCUUGACAGUUUUUGCAGAGGCUACCAGAACAACCUGACAGCUGACAUUUGGACAUUAUUAGGACUUCAGCUCUACCCGUACAAACACACUGAAUGAAACUGACAGAAUAACACUUUCAUUUUACUGUUUAGUUCUAAAAAACCUUGAAAGUUCACAUUCAAUACAAUAAAUCAAUGUACAGAGACAAGUUAUGCCACAUCAAGCAUUUCCAGAAAUGUUUGACGUCUAAAGUAACAGCAGAGUAAUCGUCAUUUCCUCCAAAUGUAAAAUCAAACUUUGGGAUAUCACUCUUUAGAUGUUCCAUUAUGUUACAAUAAAUUCUCACCUGCAAGGCUCAUUUGACAUUGAAGGAUUUGCAUGAUAUUCCUGAGCAGCAUGGCAUUUGUGACUUUUGUUGGCCAGCUUGAAUUUGGGAAAACUUAGGUGCACUUACAUUGGUUGGCCAGUAGGUGGCAGUGUAUGGUAUUCGUUACGAGUGCUGCAUUCAUGUGCUCCAAGUUGAGAAGUUGGAUUAAAUUUUACCUGCCGUGUACUCAAGGUUUGAUGCUAAUAAAUGCUAAAAUAUUGCUUAAAUGUACGUACCUGAUUUGUUAUUAAGAGUUAAACAUCAUGGGGCGCCGUUGGCCUAGUGGUCUAGUGGUCUAGGCACGUGCCCCAUGUACAGAGGCUGUAGCCCUCGUUGCAGAGGUUGUUCGAUUCUGGCCUCAACCGUUUGUUGUUUGUCUUCCCCCACUCUCUACUCCCCGCAUUUCCUGUCUCUCUUCAACUGUCCUGUCCAUUAAAGGUGAAA